CGCUCGGUGAGUGACGUGAGACCCAGCAUAUUUCGGGAGACGAGCCGUUGCCCAGCCUAUUUGCGCAGCUCCCCAAUGAAAUGUCAGACUAGUUAGUGUCUCCUUUUGUUGCAGACUUUAACAGAAAGAAAACAAGGAGCCCUGGGUCGCCAAUUCAGCAUGGAUUUGUCGACAUUUCAUCCCGUUUUCCUCAUUCUCGCCUUGUUAAAAGCUGCGGAGGCCCACGUGGAGCCGCCGACCAACGUGACCUUUCACUGCCACAAUGUGCACAAUGUUCUGAAGUGGAGUUACAACCAGCUCUUGCCAGGGAUGAGAUUCAGAGUCGAUAUUCAGUCAACGAAUGGUUUAAAUGGUCAUCCCAAUGAGGUAUGGGUGGAACCACCAGCUCCGCUACAAGCUGACGUGUCGUUUCUCUCUGAUCCAAGUAAUGACUACUUCCUUACUGUCACUGCUGUGAUUGGACAGAAUGAGUCUGAUUCCGCCCCUGAGGAUGGAAUCACUUUCACCUAUUUCAAGGACUCUCCAGUGAAGAACAAAUGUUCUGUGGACUUCCCAUCAGUUAACGUCACCACCAAACAAGAUGACACCAUCCUGCUCCGCUUCACACAUCCCUGGCUGGUGUACUACAAAAGCCGCAGCUUAGAUACAAAACCUAGGAAGAAGAAACACUUUGAAAGUGAACAACAGCUGCCUAUGUUCAGUUACGAUGUUGUUUUCCUCCAAGAGAAGGGGAGACACCACAGGAUGAGCUGUCUGGACAGGGUGUGUGAGGGGGAGCUUUCAGUGAAUGCUUCACAGAAGAAACACUGUCUGAGGGUCAAGGGAGAGGUGAAUAAGAUACUUGUUAAAGCCAAAGAUUACUGCACCACGCCAUUGGACAAAGGACCAAGCUAUCUCAUCUACGUCUGCAUUGCAGUCGCCCUGUCGGUCUUGUGCGCAGUUGCUGUUAUCUUCAUGUUGUACCGAAAAAAGACCACGCCCUCAACUCCUUUACCAUCCACCAUGACGUUCACAAAUAAACUGAAGCAGUGGACGUUUGGAGUGGUUCAGGACACGGUCUCUUUGCCACAGGUGGAGCCUACCACACCCACACUUCUACUGUUACCAGAGGAGAUCGACCCCACAACUAUUGUUACUCCCUCUAUGGAGCCUGAAGUCCGUCUGCCCAUUGGGCUGCCAACCGAGAAUGAAGGUGUGUCUGAUGACGUGGAGGUAGGGAAUGAUGAAGGACCUGGGUACAUGGCUGGCAGAGAAUUGGAAGAAGAGGAGGAGCUCUGCUCCAGGGAUUUCCCCUCUGGUUAUGAGAAACGCCCGGUGCUGGUUGAGUUAGCACCAGAUGAACUGGCUGAGGGCUACCGCGGCUGAACGUGGCACAUUGAAUGUAUUACAUAGGUCAAAUGACGCCCUGCAAUCACCUGUCAUUAAAUCUAAAAACUAUGAAUAUCUCCGCAGCGAUUUACAGUGUUCACAGAUGUCAGGUGGUUCAGUUUGUGCUGUUUCCUAGUCAGACCAUCCCAACGCCAAGUAAAAGGAGAAUCAGGUUUGUUCCUCUUGUUAGUGCACUUUGAUGUGAGUUACAUUUUCCUCUGUAUUUACAUUAAUAUGUCAAAGCAGCACGACAAGCUCAAAUAGCUAUAAAGAAUUACCAAAUCAGAUCAGUUCCCAGAAUGUUAAGCAGUGUCAUAAUGCUGUCCUUAAAGCCCUUUUCCUUCUGGACGAAAAUAACCACCAACACCCUCUAACAUCUGGCUUCUGUCUUAGUGGGAGAGGUUACCAUCAGCAUUGAUUCCCAGGGCAAAUUACUCUGCAGUAGUCACAGAUAUUAAGCAUUUCCAGCUCCAAAUGGCUCCGAUCAGGAGUGAUGGAAAUGUAACACCCUGGUAGAUGUGCUAAUUGCUGCCCCAUAUCCAGCGCGAUGCAGGUUUCGGUCAAGCAGUGCCUGAACAUCCUUCUAAACUAGUUGGCACUGAGUUUGAAAGAGAGACUAGAUUUGAAAAAAGAAGUAAACAUUUUCACUGGCCUCCAUGCUGCUUUCUAUUGUUUACUGAUCCUGUUUAGAGCCGUGUACACCCCUCUUGUCUACUGGCAGUGGGAAAGGAGUCUAUUUCCUUUUGCUGCAUUUAAAUAACAAACCUGCGUAUGUGUUAAUUUUGGUGGAAAAUGGGUUUUAAGUUCUUAAUUCUGAUAUUCUGCAUCAGACGUACACAGGAGCUUCAAAUCUUUUUCUUAAAUUAGACCUCAGCAAGUGGUGGAGGCCGAGUUGAGUAGAAAAUACCCCGUGAUGUCCUUACCUCGUGUAGCGACUUGCUCUGGCACUUAAAAAAACGACACCAGCGAUUCUGUACGCUGACUGACUGCUUUAUCGUGUACAUGUUCAUCUUUCAAAACUUCACUGCAAUGAAUCACAGUUACUCAAAUGGACUUAGCUUUGCUCUAAUUAUUGUAUUACAUAUUGAAAUAAUAACCAAUAACGACAUUAACGUACAGUUUCAUCAACAUCUGUCUCAUACAGUAACGUCUACUAGAAUCCGUCGCACGUACGCACGCAUUACUAUAUUUAUCAGCUACUGAGUUGAGUGGUUACAGCACUGUACUGUGGAGUAGUUCGACGUACGAUACUGAGUGUCCUCUUGCUUAUUUGCACCUGUGUUUAAUGUCUGAAUCAAGUCUUUUAAUCUCCAUUAGGCUUAUAGCACAAUGCAACUUUUUUUUUUAGUAAAGUGGAAUAUUUGGGCAGGUACAAUCACAAGACGGAUUUGAUCAAGUCCUGGAUAACUUAAAGAAGUGUGUGGAUGAGAUGAAUAGGGAUCUGCCACCUCCUUCACCUGCCUUACCUGCUGGUAGAUCAGGAGGAGAAUGAGGGAUAAAUGUAUAAAUCAGUUGCUUACUAAAUGAUGUCGCUCUGCUAGAGGUCAGGUGUGGCUUUAAAGGAUGGAUGGGGAAAGCUGUUACCCCGAAUUCCAUUUGUGUAGAUAAAUGUAUGUAGAUGUGCCUGAGUUCAAGAUGAGCCACCAAAAACUAUUUCUUAUUUCUGACUUUAUUUGACAAAUACUAACAGUUAAUUGAACAUUUGAACACAGGAGACCCUGGGUUACAACAUUUAUUUUGUUUUGUUCAGCCUUUAAAUGCAUUAAUGCAGUUUGAGAACUGCAGUUUAUUAAUUUCCUCAUGAAACGAGAGCUGUUCUUGUACCAGAGUAUAACGUGACUGAUGUUGUAAUAUUACUCAUUGUAUCAGACUUUGUAUUGUGCCUUAUGUCCGUGCUGUAAAGUCUUUUUCUGAGUCAAUUAUUUUUUGUUUGUGGUAAAUAACAGACAAUUAUACAGAUGUUAAAGGACCAGUGUGUAGGAUUUAGAAGGAGCUAUCGGCAGAAAUGUAAUGUAACUCUUAACUGUGUUUUCAUCAGUGUAUAAUCACGUGAAUCUAAGAAUCGUUGUGUUUUUUUACGCUUAGAAUGAGCCCUACAUAUGAGCAGCUCCUCUUUCACAGAGAUCGCCAUGUUGCACCACCAUGUUUCUACAGUAGCCCAGAGGAGACAAACCAAACACUGGCUCUAGAUAGAGCCAUUCAUGUUUGACGUUUCCUGAAAUAAUUAUGAUAAAUGAUAUUCUUGUCACUUUGAGACCAUUUUUUGCCACUGAUAUGAUGUUAUAAUUGGAUUUGAACCUUGGCUAAGUCCCGCCCCAGGACGCAGACCGGCCAAUCAUAACGUAGCACCGGGCUGGCUCAGACCAAGGUCCGACAACCACACAGCUGUGCUCCACCUCCAUAAUCCAGGAGCCAGGAGGUUUGCUGGUGGCUUUGGUGGAGGAUGAAGUUUUUGGAGAGUAAAGUCCAAAACACACCGGCGGCGUCACAUGAUGGCGGCGUCAUUGAUGUGAGUCAAGUGCCGUUCCCAACACACACAAAGCGUCGCGCUGCGGGGCGUCAACCGGAAUUCUAUUGCACACUCCACUCCGCUAGGUGGCGGUAAUGUGACUAGCUGGUUGCCAACCGCCAAUUAGAACAAAAGACGAGGAAGAAGAUGCAGGAAGCGAAAGAAAACGCACAAUGCAGGACGACCACGAUAACCAGACAAUGACGGUACCAGUGUGAGUUGCUUAUUAUAGUUGUCUAUAUGUUAUUAAUGACUAAUGAAUAAAUAAUUAAUAAUUGAACACUAAAUGAAUAAUCUGAGCAUUGAGAUUAUGUUUUGAAAGCAGCAGAUCAACCAAUGUAGUUGGUAGGCUAACGAUAGAUGGCAAACAAUAGAUGGCGCCAAAGUUGUUGUUCUCUGCUCUUCAACAGAGCUGCUACUACGGGAGCUGGGAAGUACAAAAUAGGCUUUUCUAUGAACAAGAAGUGCUUUUUCAAGGGCGGCGAUGCUGUAAAAUAGGACAAUAGUGAGAAGUGCUGCGGCAUGUUACGUUGACGCGCAUCGACACACCGCAGGUGUGGGUUUGUAAAUAGAGAAUAAUGGGGGCGUCUGUUUUGACAUGCGUCAUAUGGCGCCGGUGUGUUUUGGCCUUAAUACUUCAAACAAUGAAUCUUUUGGUUUGUUGCCAGGGGUUGGCAAGCUAACGUCUAUCAGGACUGUGAGUCUUCUACUCCGAAAGGGCAGCUGCUGGCUACUGGUAAGCUGUGUUGUGUUGUCUUUAAAGUGUUGUGUUGCAGUUUGCAACCUCUCCACUAGAUGCCGCUAAAUUCUACACACUGCUCCUUUAAGUUGAUGUGCAAUAUCGCCGAACCUUGCAGCUAGAUCUGUUUAUAUUCUUUAACUCGCAGGGCUGAAUACAUGAAUGCAGAGUCUGGCUGAAGUGAACGAGCAACACAGUUACUAUGAAUAGAACUAAAAAGGGAAAUGGUGCUUUUUAUUUACACAUAUUUUUGUUUAAUCGGUUGCAAAUAGGAACGGUCAGAUCUAAUUACCAGCCGGAGUGAUUGAAUGUGAUGUUAUGUGAAUAUGCUGUUUAGUUAGAUUUGUAAAAAUAGGUCAGCCCAUUAAACAGAAGCACUUGAUUAUCUUAUUUAGCUGCCUAUCAGUUCAUUAUUAUCCACAUUGUCCACAUGUUUCAGGUUCUGUGCGCAAACGACUGUUAAUUGUCUUGUGUCAUUUUCUUCAGCAUCACAUUUCAAUAAAACCAAGAUAAGUAUCGUCUGA